AUGCCAGUUUCGCAAGCAUCGUCACGCACCUCUACCCCACACAAUGGGGAUAGAGCGAUGCACAUGGACGAUGAGUCCACACCAGCACGAGCUCCAAUGGAUCCAGCAAUGAGUAAGUACAACAUAGUCUUGGACAAGACCAUCUAUGAGAGCAACUACUACAUAAUAGACAUACUAGUAGGCAAGUUGUAUGCGCAGACAGCGGACUAUAUCAUUGACAUUAGAGCGUUUCACAAACUGCGCAAAGCAGUUCAUGAACAACAACCAAAGCGAUUAGUUCCAGUAAUAGAUGAGUGGUUAGUAGAGCUAUACAACAAAGCGAUGAAGAACUGUGACAAAGGUGAUCACGAUGAGUGCAUUGCGAUCAAUGGCUUUAUGAGCGAGUUAAUUCUAAUUACAUCUCACGAAGGGGACUAA